CUACAAUUAUUAUUUAUGGUAAACGUCUUGAACAUUGUUCUCAGGCAGGUACAAACUGAGAUACCUGGAUCUCCUAUAUUUAUUAUGAAAUUGGCAAAGUGUGCUCGACAUUUGGAAGUUCAAUUAUUGGCAGACAAUUACGGUAACGCGAUCUCAUUGUUCGGUCGCGAUUGCUCUAUUCAGAGGAGGCAUCAAAAGAUUAUCGAAGAAGCUCCGGCUGUGAUUGCCAAACCUGAAGUUUUCGAGGAAAUGGAAAAGGCUGCUGUAAGAUUGGCCAAAAUGGUUGGAUAUGUCAGCGCAGGUACUGUUGAGUACCUUUACGACACGUCUGGAAAAUACUAUUUCUUGGAGUUGAACCCACGUCUUCAGGUGGAACACCCUUGCACGGAGAUGGUGUCAGAUGUUAACUUACCCGCGGCACAGCUUCAAAUCGCCAUGGGUUUACCGCUUCACCAUAUAAAAGAUAUUCGGCUUCUUUAUGGUGAAAGUCCGUGGGGCGAUAGUAUCAUCGACUUUGAUCAGCCGCAACAUAAACCUCAACCAUGGGGUCAUGUAAUUGCAGCAAGAAUUACUAGUGAAAAUCCUGACGAAGGUUUCAAGCCAAGCUCAGGUACUGUCCAAGAAUUAAACUUUAGGUCUUCGAAGAAUGUCUGGGGUUACUUCUCAGUAGGAGCUUCCGGUGGUCUUCACGAAUUUGCAGACUCGCAAUUUGGUCAUUGUUUCUCCUGGGGAGAGGAUCGUAAUCAAGCUAGAGAAAAUUUAGUUAUAGCUCUGAAGGAAUUAUGCAUCAGAGGUGAUUUUAGAACCACCGUCGAGUACCUGAUCACACUAUUAGAAACGGAAUCCUUCCAACAAAACACUAUAGACACAGCCUGGCUCGAUUUGUUGAUCGCUGAACGUGUUAGAAGCGAUAAACCGAAUGUACUGUUGGCUGUGACGUGUGGUGCGCUUCAUAUAGCUGAUAGAACUAUCACUGCCGCCUUUACUGGGUUCCAAACAGCCUUGGAAAAAGGUCAAAUACAAGCUAGCAAUGAUUUGGAGAAUGUUAUCGACGUUGAGCUCAUCAACGAUGGAUAUAAAUAUAAAGUACAGGCUGCCAAAUCCGGCCCCAAUAGUUACUUUCUUGUUAUGAAUGGUUCCUAUAAAGAAGUAGAAGUACAUCGAUUGUCGGACGGAGGCAUGCUGCUCUCUUUGGAUGGUGCUAGUUUCACAACUUACAUGAGGGAAGAAGUAGAUCGUUAUAGAAUCGUCAUAGGAAAUCAAACGUGUAUCUUCGAAAAGGACAACGACCCCUCUUUGCUGAGAUCGCCGUCAGCUGGAAAACUGGUUAGCUUCUUGGUCGAAGAUGGUGGUCAUGUUAACCCUGGACAAGCCUAUGCUGAAAUCGAAGUGAUGAAAAUGGUAAUGACGGUAACGGCAAGCGAAGCUGGCAGUGUUUUCUACGUUAAAAGACCAGGUGCCAUCCUCGAGGCCGGUACGUUGAUCGCUCAUUUGGAGUUGGACGAUCCAACAUUGGUGACAAAGGCUAUGGAAUACAUGGGUCAGUUCCCAGAAACUGAAGCUCCUGCAAUUUCGGAGAAAUUGAAUCAUCUUCACACCAAGUAUCGUGCUUCUUUGGAAAAUACCCUGGCGGGAUAUUGUUUGCCAGAUCCGUAUCAUUUGCCACGAGUUCGAGAACUUCUCGAGAAAUUUAUGAACUCCCUACGCGAUCCUAGUCUGCCUUUGCUCGAGAUCCAGGAGGUGAUCGCAACGAUAUCGGGUAGAAUUCCGAUUUCCGUCGAGAAAAAAAUAAGGAAACUAAUGUCACUUUAUGAAAGAAACAUCACCUCCGUUUUAGCGCAAUUUCCUAGCCAGCAAAUCGCUGCUGUGAUCGACGGGCACGCAGCUACUCUUUCGAAGCGAUCCGAUCGGGACGUCUUCUUCUUAACCACUCAAGCCAUAGUGCAGGUAGUACAAAGAUAUAGGAACGGAAUACGUGGUAGGAUGAAGACCGCCGUUCACGAACUUCUUCGACAGUACUACACGGUUGAGAGCCAAUUCCAACAAGGGCAUUACGAUAAGUGUGUUUCAGCUUUAAUAGAACAGUACAAAGACGACGUAGCUACGGUAACGGCUAUGAUCUUCAGUCACAAUCACGUUACGAAGAAGAACAUUCUGGUGACUAUGCUAAUCGACCACCUUUGGGCGAAUGAGCCUGGUCUUACGGACGAAUUGUCGAGCACAUUGACAGAGUUGACGAGCUUGAAUCGUACGGAACACAGUCGCGUCGCAUUGCGUGCCAGACAAGUCUUGAUCGCCGCUCAUCAGCCCGCCUACGAAUUGAGACACAAUCAAAUGGAAUCUAUAUUCUUGUCAGCUGUGGACAUGUACGGCCAUGAUUUUCAUCCAGAAAAUCUACAGAAGCUAAUCCUCUCUGAAACGUCUAUUUUUGAUAUUCUUCACGAUUUCUUUUAUCAUUCUAACCGUGCCGUUUGCAAUGCCGCCCUGGAGGUUUACGUUCGCAGAGCGUACAUCAGUUACGAGUUGACCUGCUUACAACACAUCGAAUUAUCCGGCGAGGUGCCGCUCGUACACUUCCAAUUCUUGUUGCCUAAUAAUCAUCCAAACCGUCAAAAUCAGUCUCCAGUUAACCACAGAAUCGGUGCUAUGGCAGCCUUCCAAGACUUUGAUCAAUUUGUCCGGUAUUCGGACGAAGUACUCGACCUGUUGGAGGAUCUAUCUACGCCCAUUUCAAUCUCUGCCAAGGUUUUGGACGCAGUAGAUGCGGCUGGAGGAAGCGAAUCGAGGCAUAGUACAUCUAUAAAUGUGUCAUUGAGUAUCGCGGAAACUAGUGGUCCAGUGGUGGAAAUCGGUGAGAGACCUGCGGAACCAGUACACGUUGUGAGCAUCGCCGUUCAGGAAAUGGACAAUUAUGACGAUGCUAUUAUGGCAAACUUAUAUGGCGGCUGGUGCGCAGCGAACAAAGACGAGUUGAUCGCAAGAGGUAUCAAAAGAAUCACGUUCGCUGCUCUAAAGAAACGACAGUUUCCAAAAUUCUUUACGUACCGUCAAAGGGACGGUUUCAUGGAGGAUAAGAUUUACCGCCACCUAGAGCCCGGUUGCGCGUUCCAAUUGGAGCUGAACAGGAUGAGAACAUACGAUCUUGAAGCUUUGCCUACCUCAAACCAAAAAAUGCAUCUCUAUCUCGGUCAUGCCAAGGUCGCCAAAGGGCAACAAGUCACCGAUUAUCGUUUCUUCAUUCGCUCGAUCAUCAGACAUUCCGAUCUGAUCACCAAAGAGGCUAGUUUCGAUUAUCUCCACAACGAGGGCGAACGCGUUUUGUUAGAAGCCAUGGACGAGUUAGAAGUCGCGUUCUCUCAUCCACUCGCGAAACGGACAGAGUGCAAUCACAUUUUCCUAAACUUUGUACCCACGGUUAUCAUGGACCCUGUGAGGAUAGAGGAAAGUGUGACCAGCAUGGUGCUCAGAUACGGUCCAAGGUUAUGGAAAUUGAGGGUACGCCAAGCUGAAAUCAAAAUGACGAUUCGUCCAUCCCCGGGGAAACCGACAUCCACUAUACGCUUGUACAUCGCCAACGACAGCGGUUACAGUAUAGAUUUACAUGUAUACACGGAGACGACCGACCCAAAGACUGGUGUUAUUCGCUUCGAGUCUUGUCCUUCGGCGACAGCAAACGUUGCCUGGAGACCAGGGCCUAUGCACGGUCUGCCGAUCUCCACGCCAUAUUUAACCAAAGAUUACCUUCAAGCGAAACGGUUUCAGGCACAAAGCGCUGGCACAACCUAUGUCUACGAUUUGCCAGACAUGUUCAGACAACAGACAGAGAAACUCUGGCUGAAGUACAUAGAAGAAAGACCAAAUGCCAACAUAAAUAUGCCAAAUCCCAUAAUGGACUACGUGGAAUUGGUGUUGGAGGGUGAUAAUCUAGUGGAACAAAAGCGUCUUCCCGGUGAGAACAAUGUUGGCAUGGUGGCUUGGAGGUUCCGAUUUUACACGCCGGAAUAUCCAGAGACUGGUCGUGACGUUAUAUUAAUUGCAAACGAUUUAACGCAUUUAAUUGGUUCCUUCGGCCCAAAAGAAGAUCUGGUGUUCUGUAGAGCAUCAGAAAAAGCUAGACAGCUUGGAAUACCACGGAUUUACUUCUCUGCGAACUCGGGUGCUCGUAUCGGUUUGGCAGAGGAAGUGAAAGCGUUGUUCAAAAUCGCUUGGGAGGACGAUAACGAACCAGAGAAAGGUUUUAAAUAUAUUUACCUCACGCCGGACGAUUACGCCCGUUUAGCGCCCGUAAAUUCCGUGAAGGCUUCGUUGAUCGAAGAUCGAGGAGAAUCUCGCUACAAAAUUACAGAUAUCAUCGGUAAGGACGACGGUCUUGGUGUGGAGAACUUAAAGUAUGCUGGUAUGAUCGCUGGUGAAACGUCCAGAGCAUACGAAGAAAUAGUCACGAUUUCCAUUGUAUCCUGUCGAGCUAUCGGUAUCGGAGCUUACCUAUUGCGUCUUGGACAGAGGGUCAUUCAAAUAGAGAACUCGCAUAUUAUCCUGACCGGUUACAAAGCGUUGAACGCGGUGUUGGGUCGUGAAGUAUACGCGAGCAACAAUCAACUGGGUGGUAUACAAAUUAUGCAUUACAAUGGUGUUUCGCAUACGACCGACGAAAGAGAUUUAGAUGGAGUUGAAACAGCUCUGAAAUGGUUGAGCUUCUGUCCUAAACACAAAGGUGCACCUCUUCCUAUAUUGCCAUCACCGAAUCCUGACUCGAUCGAUAGAGAGACCACUUAUGUUCCCACGAAGGCAGCCUACGAUCCAAGGUGGAUGCUCGAAGGGAGAAUCGUUCAAACUAAUGACAACACUUGGGAAAGUGGAUUCUUCGAUCGUGGUACUUGGCAGGAAAUAAUGAGACCUUGGGCGCAAACUGUAGUAACCGGACGUGCUAGGCUGGGUGGAAUACCAUGCGGUGUUAUCGCAGUAGAAACAAGGACCGUUGAAAUGCAUUUACCUGCUGAUCCUGCUAAUCUAGAUUCAGAGGCUAAAACCAUAUCUCAGGCAGGGCAAGUUUGGUUCCCUGAUAGCGCGUAUAAAACCGCGCAGGCUAUCAAAGAUUUUGGAAAAGAAGAGUUACCUCUUUUCAUCUUCGCCAAUUGGAGAGGAUUCUCUGGUGGAAUGAAAGACAUGUACGAGCAAAUCAUAAAAUUUGGUGCUUACAUUGUAGAUGGAUUAAGAGAAUAUACCAAACCGAUAUUUGUAUAUAUCCCACCAAAUGGAGAAUUGAGAGGUGGUUCGUGGGCGGUGGUUGAUCCAACCAUAAAUCCCAGAUACAUGGAAAUGUUUGCUGACAAUACAAGUAGAGGUGGAGUUCUGGAAGCUCAGGGAAUAGUUGAAAUCAAGUUUAGGAAUAAAGAUAUAAUUAAAGCUAUGCAUAGGGUGGAUACAGUAAUUCAAAAACUUAAAGAAAGAUUGGCCAGCGUGAAUACACCGGAGGACCGUACAGAAAUCGAAAAUCAAAUACGUAAGAGAGAACUAGAGCUAGAACCUAUAUAUCAUCAAGUCGCAGUACAUUUUGCAGACCUUCAUGAUACGCCUGAGAGAAUGUUCGAAAAGAACGCGAUUCACGAAAUUAUUCCAUGGCGAAAGGCACGAAAAUUACUUUACUGGCGACUGAGAAGAAGACUUUUGGAAGACGAGAUAAUUCAGGAGAUUCUUUCUAUUCAACCACGUCUCGAUGUCAGACAAGUCGGCGCGAUGUUGCGUAGAUGGUUCAUAGAAGACAAAGGUCCCACAGAGUCCUACUUGUGGGAUCAAGAUCAAGCGGCAACACAUUGGUUGGAGAGUCAACGUCAAAACGAAAACAGUGUCGUUUCGCGUAACAUUACUUGUGUGAAACAAGACGCAAUUGUUUCACAAGUAAAAGAAGCUCUCGAAGCCUGCCCAGAAGUGAGGUUAACCGCAAUUUUGGAAAUUGCUCACAGACUUCAGCCAGCGGAACGUGCAGAACUACACAGAACUUUAUCGCAAUUAGAAACGACAUCUCAGGAACUGAAUGAUUCAAGCGCUUCGUCCUAAAAUUUUGGAAAUAUCACAGAAUUUUCUGUCUAUCCACGUACCUGGUGUAUGCAACUCCGUUAGAAUUAAUUGUACAAACACUCGUUAUUUCAUCUUGUUAAUAGUAAAUUCUACGGGAAUUGUAGUAUAACUUCGAAAAGUUAAUAAUUGCUUCUAUCGAUGAUGUUACUUGAAGGUAGAAAGCAAAACGAACUCGUGCUUAGUAAGGUUCAACAGUGAUGCUAUCGAAUGUCAGACAGUGUUACUAUCGUUUCCUAAACUGUGGUAAACUAUGCCCAUGUUUAUAAGUGUAUUCAUAAAUAUAGAAAUUAUAUUAUAUAUAUGUAUGUAUUUAUAUGCAUAUAUAAAUAUAUAUAUAUAUAUAUAUAUAUAUAUUUAU